CCCAUUUCUCACCCUCACUCUUCGGCUCACUGUCUCUCUCUCCUCUCCUCCGAAAUUUUUUCUCCUCUCUUCUCUCUUCGAUUUCAUCCACCUAGGGUGAGAUUCCGGACAAGGCCCGAGUAUUAAAGUUGUUCUACGGAGCGCGGGCUUUCCGAAUAUCCAAGAAAAAUUACGAUCGGGCCACGUGAGAACUCGGUUGACUUGGUCAACGGAUUGGGUUUUGCUCAAAACCCAUGAGGUACAAAAAUAAGGAAGUUGGCAUGGCGUGCAUAUCGUGCUUAUUGAUCAUGUCUUUCAAAGGUAUAAAAGAGGCGAUUAUUUGCAUUUGAUUCGAAAGGAGUAUUUUUGGAAAGACAUUUGUUAGAACUGUAAUAUUAUUUUCUUCGGACAUUGGUAUUUCGAUAACUUAGGGCCUCGAGCCAGGGAUGUACUCAUUGAAUUUUAUUUGAGAACAGUGAACAGAAAGGUCUUUUGGGGUAUUAUUUGUAUUACAGUGAGGACUUUAUUUAUUAAAAGUGUUUAUUAUUUAUGUCAAAAAUCGAGGGCGUGACAACUUGGUAUCAGAGCAUAUGUUUAGAAUACCUAGAGACCGUGGGGAGACUUUUAGUGUCAUGGGUUCAAAAUUCGUUGCAUAUUUUUUUUCAAAACACAAGUAUGCUUGCAUGAAUGAGUCGGUACAUUAUUGAGGUGUCGCAUUUUGUAUUAUGGUAGAGUGACAUUGAGUUGUUGACCUGCAUUGGUAAGUUGGAGGCUUGGACCUCAUUGUAGUGAUUGUGGCUAUAUUGACGUGUGAAGCAAAAUAUAAGAUAGCAUGUGAUAAAAGGGAUGGAAUGUUGAUAUGACUUAUGAGAUGAGUGUUAAAUGUGUUUUUAAUUGAAUUGUUUGGAUUAUGUGUUAAGUUUCAAAUGUGUUCAGUUAAGCCUAUGUGAGAUAAACUGUGUAAGGUACAAGUAUAAGGUGAAUAAUAUAUGCAUUGGGAAUUGAGUUAGUGCGUGUCUUGAAUGUGUUUGGAAGGUAAAGUCGUGUUGUGGUGAUAACUGUGGUUGGUUACUGUAGUGGUAGUUAUUGAGACAGUUAAUAUAAGCAUAGGUAGGGCAAGUCGAACCUACAUACGAGAUAUAAGUAUCUAAAGUUGAGAUAAGAAUAUGAGGGUUAUAGGUAGGGUGUCUAGAUACAGUAUGUGUCUCCUGGACACCCAGGCGACUACCGAUGAGAUCCGAUUGGAAGAGGCGCUUGAUCACCGCUCCUUCUAGAUGGAAGUCUCGGAAAGUCAAUUGGACACUAGGAUUGUGUAUAGGUGUUAGAUCUCUAGGCUUGAGAUAGAUGACUCUACGUAGGAAUUUCGUAGAAAAAUGAUGUGCUAUGGUGUCGUAGUCUUCAUUGUUGAGGUGAAUGUCGUGGUGGUGUCGUUUUGAUAGGAUGGUAAAAAAAAAAAAAAAAGGGAAGAAGACUUGAGGUGAUAGAUUUGAGAGGGACUAAUGUUUAAAUAGUGGUAGUGAUAGCAGUGAUGGUGAUGAGAAUAGUGCGGUUGAUAUUAUUGAGGUUGAGUACAAUUGUGGUAAAUAUCUUUGAGGAAAAUUGAUGUCGUUAUGACUACUUAGUUGAAAGAAGAAAUUUGUGAGCUGUGAAACUUGUGGUGAGCGGAACUGUUAAAAGAUAUUGGUGUGAGAGAAUUGAUUCUUAGGUGAGAAGUAGUUGGAAUCUUAGAGUGUGAUGAGAAGUAUAGACAUGCUGUUUGCAACCCUCUAGUCUUGUUGGUAUUUAGGAAGGAGUUUGUAAAUUUGUUUGUGCUUGUAUUGGUGUUUAAAUUUUGGUAUCGAGAUAAUCAAUAGUUUUGGAAGUUCGUUAGUGCAACUAUUGCGCACAUUGUGUAGGUAUUUGGGUGAUGAAAUGCCAUGUGAUUGUAAAGUUGAUAGAGAAAUGAUUAAUAUUGAUGUUGUGUAUUUGUUAUGUGAUAUUUGAGAUUGUGAAAAUGGGAAACAUGUGACUUGAGUAGACUAAUUGACGAGAGUAUUUGAGAUUGAUGGGUGAACAGAACAUGUGAAAGGUAUGAUGAAGUUGAAAAGAACGAGAUUACCAUUGGGCUUUCUAGAGCCAUGAAAUGUGAAUCUGUGGAUACUUUGUGAGUUGGUGAGUCUGCUGGAUACUGAGUGAGUCUAUUAAUGCGUGGAUGUGUUUGGUGUUGUGUAAGCUACUAAAUUGUACCGUGGGUUGUUGAAAUAUUUCGUGAAUGAAAUGUGCUGUUGUUUAGCUUUAACCUACAUGUUUGAUUUAUUAUGUAAUCUCAAUGCGAGAAAUUUGCUUUUAGUAUACGAUGUAGAAUAAACAGUGAUGCUUAUGUAGGUAGUUGCUACGAGUGUAUGCCUUUCCUGAGUAGCAGUAACGAUGUUUGGAGAAUUGGGUUUAAGGAAAAUAGUGGAUUGAUAUUUUACUAGAACGGUUUUAAUGUGUGUUGUGAAAAGUUAUGUAGAAGGGACGCAUUACCAUAGAAGUGAGUUUAAGUUUCCGAAAAUAGAAACCAGUGGUGAUUCUCAGCGGGCUAGGGAAUGUGGAGUAUUGCUAGACUAUUGGUUAUGUUGGAAUGUUGAAUGGACGAAAAAGUAGAUGGGGUUUAAGCCGAGUUGGUAAAAGAGUUAUAUGGGUAGCCAGAGGUGUGAGUUGGUGAUUGUGGCUAGCGGUUUUGUUUAUAUGUGUUUGGUUGUGUUGACAAUUAUUAGCAGAAUCAAUAGAAUUGAAUAAGUUGUGAGGUGUGUUUAUUCUUAAAGUCGAGAGAAAGAUCAAUAGAUUGAAGUAUGGGCAGUUUGACCAUUAUGAGUGGAUGUUUAUAGCUGAGCAAUGGGUGAUGAGUUAUUAUGUGGUUUAGAAUUCGAGGCUGAUUAGUUUUAUUCCAAUGGAGAUUAUUUGAGGUUCUUUGGAUUGGUGAGUAAAGGUUUGAUUCAUUGAUUGAUGUUGAUUGAAAAAGAUAGAACUUGGAGUUUAGAAUUCGAGUUUUUCUGAGCAGCUUAAUUUGUCCUUCUAGAAAUUUCGAGAAAUACUUAGAGAACGUAAGGAGAUUGUUUGUUGGAUUUUGAUGUGAUUGUCAUGUUGGUAAGUGGAGUCUAAGAAUUUUGUACAGAUGUGAAGACUUGAGGAUUUGAUAAAAUGAUAGUGGUUUGCGAUUGAGUGUUGAGUGGUAGAACCAUAAUAAUAGUGAGGAUUUCGUGGAGUAAUCAGAAAAAAAAAAAAGAGGGUCUACAUAGAAAGGAGAGGAUGAUGUGAUUAUUAUGAGAUGGCAGUAUGAGGUUUGGUAUUGUGGUUUGUGACUUGGUUGGACUUGGAUGAGCAAAUUUCGAGGACGAAAUUAUUUUUAAGGAGGGUAGGAUGUAGAGACCCAUAUUUUUUUGGACCGUAUUUUUCUUUUGCAAUCGUAUGACUUGUCGAGAUAGACGGUAUGGAUUUACGGUGUGGCGUGUUCGUGAAAGAAUAUAAUGGUAAUUAUGUGAGAGGUGCACGUGUGUGUGUGGUGCGAGAAGCGGGGGAUUCCUCCCCCACCUUUAUCUUUUUCCCGGGGAGAAUAAUUCUCCCAUUUCUCACCCUCACUCUUCGGCUCACUGUCUCUCUCUCCUCUCCUCCGAAAUUUUUUCUCCUCUCUUCUCUCUUCGAUUUCAUCCACCUAGGGUGAGAUUCCGGACAAGGCCCGAGUAUUAAAGUUGUUCUACGGAGCGCGGGCUUUCCGAAUAUCCAAGAAAAAUUACGAUCGGGCCACGUGAGAACUCGGUUGACUUGGUCAACGGAUUGGGUUUUGCUCAAAACCCAUGAGGUACAAAAAUAAGGAAGUUGGCAUGGCGUGCAUAUCGUGCUUAUUGAUCAUGUCUUUCAAAGUCAAUCCGAAAUGACAAGGAAGGUGCUCCGUUCCAUGCCAACCAAUUGGGACACUACCACCUCCAUCAUCCUACAAUCCAAAGAUUUCUCAACAUACACGAUGGACAAGCUCAUGGGAUCUCUCAUGACGGAGGAAAUGCAUCACAACCUCAAGGGUGAAAAAGAGAAGAAAGUUAAGGAUCUUGCCUUCAAAAGUACAACAAGCAAAUCAAAAAGCAAGGAGGAUUCAAGCAACGAAAGUGAGGAUGAUGAAAUGGCGCUCAUCACAAAAACGUUCAAGAAACUCCUCAAAAAUAGAGCAUCUCACAAAGGCAGAGGAUUUUCAAGAAAAGAUGGAGGCAAAGAAGAAAAUAGUAAAAAGGAUCCAAUCAUUUGCUACGAGUGCAAGAAGCCCGGCCACAUCAAAAGUGAAUGUCCAUAUGCAAAAAAAUAUUCAAAGAAGGACAAAAAGAGAGCUAUGAUGGCCGCAUGGGACAAUAGUGACGAUAGUAGCUCCGAUGAGGACGAUGAGCAACAAGAGGUCGCUAACUUGUGUUUCAUGGCCAUCGAAGAAAACGAGGUAGAUCUCGACUCAUCCUAUUCCUUUGAUGAAUUAUUUAUUGCCUAUAAAGAGUUGAAAGUAGAAUUUGAAAAGGUUGUUUCUAAAAACAAAUUUCUUAAAAAGGUUGCUAAAGAUCUUUCACUAGAAAUAGAUGAUUUAAUUGAAGAGAAAGAUAUUUUGGAGGAAGAAAAUGAAAGUUUAAGAACCUCUUUGGAAAAAGAAAAAGAGUAUUUGAAGGAUAUUUCCAAAAACGAAUCUUUAGAAAAACAAAUUGAUGAUUUAACUAAUUCUCUUUCAAAACUCACUAAUGGAAAAGAAAGUUUAGACAUUCUUCUUGGAAAACAAAUGGUUUCUUUUCACAAGGCCGGAAUUGGUUAUAAUCCCACUCAACACAAAAAUCUUUUUGGAAAAGAUGUUCCUCCUUCUAGCCAUUCUAAAUUGACAUGUCAUUAUUGUGGUAAAAUUGGUCAUAUUUCUCCUACUUGUCCUAUGAAAGGAUACUCAUCUUCUAAUGCAAAAAAGGUCUGGGUUCCUAAGAACCGUAUCAAUGCUAACCUUCAAGGACCCAAGAUGAUUUGGGUACCAAAAGUCAAGAAUUGAUGUGCUAUUGUAGGUAUGCUUCAAAAGUUCUCUCAAGGAAGGAAGUUGGUACCUUGAUAGUGGAUGUUCAAGACACAUGACCGGUGACAAGAGGGCUUUCAAUUCUCUUUCGCCUAAAGAUGGUGGACAUGUCACAUUUGGAGACAACAACAAAGGCAAAAUCAUAGGAAUCGGUGAUAUAGGUAAUUCUCCUAUUAUUGAAGAUGUUUUACUUGUUAGUGGUUUAAAACACAAUCUUCUUAGCAUAAGUCAAUUAUGUGAUAGAGGAAAUCGUGUUAUCUUUGAAAAAUCCAAAUGUAUCAUUGAAAAUGUCAAAAGCAACAAGACACUCUUCGUUGGACAAAGACUUGAAAAUGUAUAUGUUUUUAAUCUCAAUGAUUUAAGUAAUUGUGAUAUAAAAUGUUUUUCCGCUUUGAGUGAAAAUAGUUGGCUUUGGCAUAGGCGCCUAGGACAUGCAAGUAUGGAUGCUAUUUCAAAACUCUCUAGAAAAAAUUUGGUAAAAGGUCUUCCUAAAAUCAAAUUUGAAAAAGAUAGACUUUGUGGUCCUUGCCAACAAGGAAAACAAACCAAGGCUUCUUUUAAGUCCAAAAAUGUUGUUUCAACUACUAGACCUUUGCAAUUACUUCAUAUGGAUUUGUUUGGACCAACUCGCUCUCCAAGUCUUUGUGGAAACUAUUAUUGUCUUGUUGUUGUUGAUGAUUUCUCUAGAUAUGCAUGGGUGAUGUUCCUAGCUCAUAAGAAUGAGGCUUAUCCUAAUUUCACUAAACUUUGUAGAAGAGUUCAAAAUGAAAAAGGCUUUGUUAUUUCUAACAUUCGUACGGAUCAUGGAAAAGAACUUGACAAUUCUUUAUAUGAAAAGUUUUGUGAUGAACAUGGUAUUGGUCAUAACUUUUCCGUACCUCGUACUCCUCAACAAAAUGGAGUAGUAGAGAGAAAAAAUCGUACUCUGGAAGAAAUGGCCCGCACUAUGCUUUGUGAAAACUCUUUGCCAAAAUAUUUUUGGGCGGAAGCCGUUAAUACCUCAUGCUAUAUUUUGAAUCGAGUUUUAAUUAGGCCUAUCCUCAAGAAAACUCCUUAUGAGCUUUGGAAUGGUAGAAUACCCAACAUUAAUUACUUUCAUGCCUUCGGUUGUAAAUGUUAUGUAUUAAACAAUGGAAAA